CGUGACAUUUCAAGGUCAUAUCGCCCGGAUGUGCCCAAACGGCUGCGGCGGGGGAGCUGCAUCAGCGCCAGCACCUCCUCCGCCGUCCACCGAGCCGGCAGCAGAGCGCCGGUAAUCCAGAUGCUGCUCGACGGGCGACCGUGUCACGCGCUGGUGGACACGGGCUGCGAGGAGACCGUGGUGUUCGCGGGUUGUGUCGAUAAAUGGGAUCGAUGUGAGACAAACUUGACCGCGGUGAAUGGGAGUGUCGUGCGAUGCAGCGGGAGUGCAGAGGUGCUGCUGGAGGCACAAGGCCGGCGGGCGGUGGUCCGUGCUGUGGUAGUGGCGGAAAGGUUGUUGGGUGUUGACGUGCUGUUGGGCAUGACCGGGUUAGAGGCGCUGGGUGGUGUGUUUGUUAGUGGUGGAGAGGUGCGUUUUGGUGGUAAAGUGGUGACGGGGGAGCGUUCGGGGUGCACCGGUGUAAAGGCAGAAUCGAGCGGUAUGUCGGCAGCGGUGUCUCAGGGGCGUGGUCCAGUGGACAGACAGAUCGAGACGGCUGAUUUUGUGGCUAAGUUCAGCGACGGAAAGUGGACAGUUUGGUGGAAGUGGGCCGACGGAAAGGAGCCAAAACAACUCAAGAAUACUGUGCCGCAAUAUCGCGUGCCGGCAGAGUCGCAGGAGCGGUUCGACGCAGAGUUACGGCUGUGGAUCGAGGAAGGGUGGCUGCAACCGUACAAUGAGCAGGAACACGGGCCGGUGCGUGGCCUAAUUCCGCUCAUGGCGGUCACCCAGGAAGCCAAGGACAAGGUCAGGCCGGUGCUCGACUACCGUGAACUGAAUGAGCACCUGGUGGCUCAUACGGCUGAAGCUGAUGUGUGCCGCGACCAGCUCCGCAAGUGGCGGCAACACGGCGACGAUGUGGCCGUCAUCGACCUGAAGAAGGCGUUUCUGCAGCUGCACGUGGCCCAGGAGCUGUGGCCGUUUCAGACGGUAAUCGUGGACGGCCAGCGACAUUGUCUGACAAGGGUCGGAUUUGGUCUCAGCGUUGCAAGCGGCAUCAUGCGAGCGGUAGUGCGGGAAGUUUUGGAUCAAAGUCCAGAGAUCGCAAAAGCAGUGCUCCCGUACGCUGACGACCUGCUCGUCAACGAGACGCUCAUCUCGGCUGAGCGGGUGGCCGAACAUUUUUCCGCAUACGGGCUCUCGUGUAAGCCACCGGAACGGGUAGCGGAUGAGGCCGGAGCCCGGAUGCUGGGGCUCCGAGUGAGACGGCAGUCUGGCGGUGACGGCACACUGAGAUGGUCUCGGGACGGCGUGACACCAGCUGAGCCACCCGGGGUGCUGACCAGGCGGUCAAUCUUCGCCUGGGCGGGUCAGCUAACCUCACACGUGCCCGUCGCCGGGUGGCUGCGGCCGGCCGCUGCCUGGCUGAAAAGGGCGGCGAACAAGGUCACCAAAGAUUGGGACUCACCGAUCACCGACGAUGACCUGCGCAAACAAGUCAGUGAUGUGGCCCGGCGGCUGGCAGAGUGUGACCCGGCACGAGGACAGUGGUGCGUCUCAGGAGACUCGGUGACGGUGUGGACUGAUGCCAGCUCCAUCGCCCGCGGCGUAGUGCUAAGUGACCCCACCACGGGUGAGGUUAUCGAAGACGCCGCGUGGCUCCGAUCUGACAGUGACUCAGACAUGCACAUAAACCUAUCGGAGCUGGAUGCCGCGCUGAACGGUAUGAAUAUGGCGGUGGCGUGGGGAUUCAAGCGUGUGAUCCUCCGCACAGACUCUGUCACUGUUCAGCGCUGGCUGACCGACGCUCUGACAGGCCGUGCCCGACUGAGAACGAAGGCACAGUCGGAAAUGCUGGUUCGGCGGCGGGUGGCCGUUUUCAAGCAGCUCUCCAGCGAGUACGACCUCGUCGUGACAGUGGAGCUCGUGCCGUCGGCUGCCAACCGUGCAGACGAGCUCACGAGAGUACCAAAAGAGUGGAUCAGAACCGGAAGCGAGCAGGCGACAGGUGUGGUGGCGGCCGUUAGGACAGCUCGACCGGAGGACAUAAUGGCGGUGCAUGAAAGUGUGGGACACCAGGGAGUGCGGCGGACGUGGUGGUAUGCGCGCCGAGAGCUGGGAAAGAGCGUGACGAAGUCGGCCGUUCGUCAGAUCGUUAGAUCGUGCCAGGUGUGUGCGUCGAUCGACCCAGCCCCGUCGCGCUGGAAGCAUGGUGCCUUGGCGGUCGAGCGCAACUGGGAGCGGCUGGCAAUGGACGUAACCCAUUUCCGCGGAAAACACUAUCUCACCGUGAUUGACUGUGGGCCGUCGCGAUACGCCAUGUGGCGUGAGAUCCGCCGCUCUGACGGGAGCGAGAUCGUCAGACAACUCGAGGCUCUGUUUUUGGAGCGAGGAGCACCGGCCGAGCUUCUAAUGGAUAAUGCGACCGAAUUCAAGGGUCGAGAGCUGAAGGCGUUCGCGGUGCGGUGGGACGUCGAGCUGAGGUAUCGCGCGGCCUAUGAACCUGGUGGGAAUGGCAUCAUCGAGCGCCACCACCGCACCAUCAAAGUGAUGGCCGCCCGUCAGGGAUGCACCGUACCAGAAGCCGUGCACCGAUAUAAUGUCACGCCCAAGGACGGGCGUGAUAUUACCACGGCCCCGAUACAUGGUGCCUACCGUCAGGCUGGCAGAGACUUGUGCGUGCAGUCACAGGGAAACACAGCUGCUCCUCCUCAGACGGCCGGCCAGCCUGGUGUGUAUCAGCCCGGUGAUGCGGUGUGGGUCCGAAAACGGGGCGAUCGGUGCACCGCCGUGUCAAAGGAGGGCACUGUCACCAAAGUCGUAUCCGCUCAGACGAUUGAAGUGGAUGGAGUCCCAUGGCACGUGCGGAACAUUCGUCAUCGUCUUGCCAACAACGAUGACGACGCAAUGGCUGCUUCGACGGAUGAUGAGCAGGAAGAGGAGAUCGCCUGUCCGGUUCCGACCGCCCAUGUGCCUGGACAGCUGGCCAUUGAGGCGCCGGCGGCGGUGGAGCCGUCAGAGCUGACCCCAGCUGCCGCGCCGACCGAGCAGACCGAGCCGGUCCCUCGAGCAGCAGCUGAGGCGGAUGGCGGUGCCGGAACAGAGGAGCGGAUCCAUACAGUGAAAGUUGUAAAAACAGAAACUGAGGGAUUGUCAAACGACUGUGUGAACGAAGGUAGAGCGCCAGCAGAAAGUGUAGAUAAUAUCGAUAGUUAUAGUGACGUGCUAAGAAGGGGUUUGCGCUGCAGGCGUGCGCCGCAACUCUUCGGCGCUCCCAUCCCCCAUUAGUUAAACUGUAGUUAGAUGUGUUCUUUAGGAACAGGGGGGAAUGUGUCUCUCUGUUUGGUCACAUAGUUUGUAUUCUAGCCUUGUCGCGUAGGGUCGGCGUCGGGUCAUAAGUGGUCAUAAAUGGAGGUCUAUGGCCACACAUGUGCGCGGCAGCAGGGACACGCCGGCCCGUAUAUCGGGCGGCCCGGCUGGACAUUGGGAGACGGGCGGGCAGUGGAGAGCAGGGCGGGAGAGAGAGAGGACGGGUCGGUGUGCGCGUUGAGAUGUCUGAAGGGUGAAGAAAUACAGUCUACGAUAGACGCAAAGUUUGAA